UGCAGAACAACAUGGCGGCGGCCUUAAACCGAGGGAAACACAGAUUGAAACCUUUCUGUCACUUGGCUUUUCAGUUUCCAGCAAGAACUUUUGCAGGAAAGUUUGAUUAUGACCUGGUGGUUAUCGGAGGAGGAUCUGGAGGUUUGGCGUGUUCGAAAGAAGCGGCUCAGUUGGGACAGAACGUGGCUGUUCUGGAUUAUGUCGAACCGUCAGUGAGAGGCACUAAAUGGGGUAUUGGUGGAACAUGUGUGAAUGUCGGCUGUAUUCCGAAGAAGCUCAUGCACCAGGCUGCUCAGCUAGGCACGGUGCUCAAAAACGACUCUGAGAAAUACGGCUGGCGGAUCUCCGGCCCGGUGACACACGACUGGGUGACUAUGGCAGGAGCUGUCCAGAAUUAUGUGAAAUCCUUGAACUGGGGUCACAGAGUUCAGCUGCAGGACAAGAAGGUGAAAUAUCUGAAUAUGAAAGGAAGUUUGGUGGACCAGCACACCAUCCGUGGAUUAAACUCCAGAGGAAAGGAGACGACUGUGACGGCCAGGAACAUAGUGAUAGCCGCCGGCGGACGUCCAAACUACCCCACGCAUGUCCCGGGAGCGAGAGAGCACGGCCUCACCAGCGACGAUCUCUUCUGGCUGAAAGAGUCUCCGGGGAAAACGCUAGUCGUCGGAGCCAGCUACGUGGCUUUGGAGUGUGCUGGUUUUCUAACAGGCAUUGGACUGGACGCUACGGUGAUGGUGCGUAGCAUUGCCCUCCGCGGAUUUGACCAGCAAAUGGCUCGUUUGGUGACGGAUCACAUGGAGGCUCACGGGACACAUUUCUGCUGGAGCUGUAUUCCUAAGAAGGUGGAGAAACUUCCAUCAGGACUUCUACAGGUCACCUGGACCGAUACACAGAGCCAGCAGGAACAUCAAGACACGUUCAGCUCAGUGCUGUGGGCUGUAGGUCGAGCUCCUGAAAGCACAACACUGAACUUGCAGCAUGUCGGCGUUCAGCUCGACACAAACACGGGAAAAAUCAUCGUAGCUGAUGAUGAGCGAACAUCUGUGCCUAACAUUUACGCCAUUGGAGACAUUGCACAGGGACGUCCUGAGCUCACCCCAACAGCCAUCAAAGCGGGUAAACUCCUAGCUCAGCGAUUAGCUGGUCACUCCACCCAGCUCAUGAACUACAACAACGUGCCCACCACAGUGUUUACUCCUCUGGAGUACGGAUGUGUCGGUUUAUCUGAAGAAGAAGCCGAGAGACGACAUGGCAGUGACAAUAUCGAGGUGUAUCACGCCUUCUACAAACCUCUGGAGUUCACCGUAGCUGAGAGAAACGCCAGUCAGUGCUACAUCAAGGUGGUGUGUGAGCGGGAAGAACCCCAGCGUGUGUUAGGGCUCCACUUUACCGGCCCCAACGCUGGAGAAGUGACCCAAGGGUUUGCUCUCGGCUUCCAGUGCGGAUUUACGUACCCUCAGCUCCGCGAUACGGUCGGGAUCCACCCCACCUGCGCUGAGGAGCUCACCAAACUCCACAUCACCAAGCGUUCAGGUCUGGACGCCACAGUGACCGGCUGCUGAGGUUAAACACCCCCCUCACCUUAAAUACGCCGAACACACGGACCCUGUGAACACAAGAAAGGAAGCGAUGCAAGUCACAAUUGGGCUAUAAUGUUUUGUUUAGGGCGUAGUUCUCGAGUUUUCGUCUCAACUGCAGCCUGUCAUGACCUUUGACCUCACUAGUCUCCAAGACCACACUGUUCAGCACUAAACUUAACAAGUUCCUAUAGACAGACACUAAAAACGCAUUUUUGUUUAUUAUUCGUUUCUUUUCAGCUCCAUGAUAAUGCAAUAAGACUCGAGAGACGCAACGGUAACCAUGAAACAAGCUCAUAAAUCAGGAUUAAGGCCCCAUUACAGCUCGCUGAAAUGAGAGUCACAGGAGAGCGGAGCAGCCCGGCAUUUUUAAAAACAUAUUCGCGGAAUAUUGUUGUUUCUCUGGCUGUACUUCCUGUCCAUUACUCAUUCUGCGCAGCUGACACUGAUGGAUAGGUUUGGUACGUCGCCACGGUGAUGCACUCUGGUUCCCAGGGAAGCAGACAAACACCGGGCAAGCAGCUUGUCAAUCAAACACCGGGUCGAGAGAGAGUUUGUUUGAACCUUUUUUUUUUUUAUAAACUACAGAGGGUCCCCUCAGAAUUAACACACACACAACACACACAUGCUCCCUCUCUCUCUGCAGCACCUUGAUCACCACAGAUAAACGGUGUCUUUAUAAAUUCAGUACACCUGAAGGGGGCAGUAUUCACCUCCUUUUCACGCUGUUUUGGCUGCAAGGAUGCCAAAUGGGUUUGGAGUCACAUAUUACAGCCUCAUUUAAUUUAAAAUAGGAGCUAAAACAAGCCCAAGAUGUGCAUAAUACUAAUUAGCAGUCCUUUACUUUUCACUGUUCGCAACAUGAGCAUUUAUUUUGCCUCACAAACUAACCCCGAUUACAGUAUCAUCUAUUAACGCAAAGAUCGUGUUUUUAUAUCCCUUCAGAAUCUGACAUGUAUUUUGUUUAAUUAGCUUGAAACCCAAAUUAAUGACGCUUAAAAUUGGUUCCUAAUUCUGAUUGGUGUGGUGAGCUAGAAAGGCUGCCUAUCUAGGGUCCCUCCUCUGAAAUGGAACAAGAGUGUGUAUAUAUAUAUACUUUAUUGUUACAGACUCAAAGGUCCAAAUAAUACAUAUAAAAAUACACACUUACAAUUACAAGACAUUAUAUAAAAAAAAAAACAAAAAAAACAUAGGCCUACAUAAAGUUGGCUUUUCCAAUGUUUCCACAUGUCAGAAAUAUAUAAAAUAUCACUCUCCUUUAUAUUACACAAACUCAUGAUGAUAAUAUUUCUAGAUUCAUAUAACCUACACAUAAAUUUGUGCAUAAGAGUGAUAGGAUAAGUAGGGAUUUUCUGGUUGCUCUGAAAUACUAUCAUGGCCUUUAUUCAUGUAUAGAUCAUCACCAGGAACCAUUAUGAACAGCACAUUCCAUUAAAAACCACCAUUACAGACCACUAGGAAUACCGUUACAAAAAAAACAAACAAACUAUGACAAAUUAUUAUUAUUUUUUUCCUAUCAAGAUUCACUUUAUUCCUACUAGACAGCUUGCUGGAAAGAAAAUUAGCUGCCGUUAGUGAAGUAUCAGUCCUUUUGACUAGCUACCAAAUGCUCACUCUAGCUACGUACCUGCGUUAUGUAAAUAUCUAAACGUUCACCUCGUCUUUUAGCCUCUACAUUACAGGCUCCGUUUUGUUUCUCUGGUUUGAAGCGCACUCGGAGAAAGUUAUAGGGAGGCUCAUUCUGUUUUACCGAGUGAGCUCUGUGAUUUUUUUUUUUUUUGGAACCCCAACAGAGAAGGUUUGUUUUUGUCUGAUGUGCCUCAGCUCUCUGAUUAAUGAGGCUCGGAGCGUGUAUGACAGGCCGCUGUGGAGACGGAGACGGAGACAAGCAGCACUACCAGGUUUAUUUGGGCCUGAGGAGGGAGUGCAGGGUCCUGUGUUCAUGUUUUUUAGGGAACAGGGGGUGCUGAAUGAAGAACCCUGACCCCAGUACACUACCAAUAAUAAUACAGUGUAACUGUAUCACACACACACACAUCUAUAAAGGACAUGGAAGAACUGGGACCAACCAGCGUAGAGUUUAACAAAAAAGUCCACGUCUCCUCAGGAGCGUGAAAAUUCCUUUCGCAAUUUGUUCUCCAAACAGCUGUGUUGUUGAUGUUCUUUUCAUAUCUCAAUAAUCUAAUCGCUGUGUCAUGGUUUCGAUAUUGUCAUGAUUGUAGUUGCUGAACAUUCUGUAGGCUGUUGAAAGCUCCAGUCUCGUUGGAUAACUUUUUACCUGAAAAGGAUUUAUUGAGGCUCUUUUUAUGGUCGUGAUAUUUCGUAACUUUUACACAUUGUAACGUUUGUUUGCUUGUUUAGCUAAUCUAAGCUACGCUUCUAGAUCAGUCAAUAAACCAAAUGGCUAGCUCACAGACUUGCUGGCACACUAACGAUACUUAACAAUGCCACACAAGCUAGCUGACUAGAGUUGAGUGCAAAAAUUAGUGCCCCCUCUCAGUUGUUCUGUGUGAAAAAGAAUGGAAAAUGGAGCUGUUUGAUGAUUUUUUUUUUCUACGGAAAAAUAAUCAGUGUGAUUCCUGGAGUAUGACAGCAAUCCAAAAUGAGCAGAAAAGUAAAUAAAUGACUAGAAAGGAGAUUUUGAGAAUCUUAAAGCUGCUCCAAGGAUGUGAAAGAUGUUCAGAGAAUAUUGAUCUGGCAUCCAGAAAGAGGAUGCGACAUUAUGCACAAUACAUGUUGUGUUCGUUAAUUAAAUUUUUCUUCUCUUUGUUUUGUCCUGAGGGUAUAGAAAAUUUCGCACUCGAUUUAAAACAAAAAUGUAAUCGUGAAUAAUUUUGCAGCUUAUAAACAUGGCUAAAAUAUGAAGAAAGAAAUUUCAGUGCAAUAAUAUAUCAUGCAACUUAUUACCAGAACGUGUCUAGUACACACUUUGGUUAUGUGUCAUGUUUAUUUCUGACAUGCACAACUUUCAGGCUCACACAUCCUGUCCCAAUACACACACACACACACACACACACACACGCAUACACACACUGAGGGGUCAGGGUUGAGCUUCUCAGGGGGUCGGUUAAUGAAGACCUGCACUAAAAGCCCUCAGUGGAGAGGGCAGGUCUGAUGUGCUCCGGCGUCCCCGCUCUGUAUGUGUGUGUAAAUAGCGGAGGUUAAUCUGAUCUAAAGCUUUGUAACUGUAUAAUUUAUGUGUAAAGUAAUAAAUAUGAGAACGUACAGCGCCUCUGUUUCAUUAA